AUGGGGGUGCUGAUGUCCCGGCGGCAGACGGUGGAGCAGGUGCAGAAGGUCAGCCUGGCCGUCUCGGCCUUCAAGGACGGGCUCCGGGAACGGCCCGCCGCCAAGCGCCCGGCCGAGGGCGCCGCCAGCCGCCGCGGGACCCUGGAAGAGCACGCCGUGCGGGAGCUCCGCGAGGAGGAGGAGGAGGAGGAGGCGGCGCCGGGGGGAGCCUCCCGGCCCGGGGGCGGCGGGACUCGGAGCGCCGCCUGGGCGAGGCUGCGGGACGGGCGCGGCGUGGAACCCGAAGACCUGGAGCGGCCUGGCCGCUUCGUGCCCCCGGCCCUGGUCCGCCCCGUCCGGCCGCCGCGCCAGGAGGAGGAUGAGCGGCUGGAGAUCAGCCUGGAGCAGCGCGAGCAGGUGACCAACGAUGAGAUGUGUGAAGUGUGCGAGGUGUGGACGGCCGACAGCCUCCUGGCCUGCCGGGUGUGCACCAAGGUCUACCACGACGGCUGCCUGCAGCGCAUGGGGCUGCUCUCCCCGGCUGAGCCCUCCGAGGCCAUCCAGGCGGCCCACUCAGCGGUUGGCUGGAGCUGCUACCACUGCGAUAACCUGAACUUGCUGCUCACCGAAGAGGAGAUGAACUCGCUGUCCGAUGCCUUCCGGCAGAGCAACAUCGCGCCUGACAGCAGCCUGAGCCUGGAGGACUUCUUGCGCUACAAGGGCCUCGGGGGGCAGCCCAGCAGCCGGGAAGAAAAGGAACGGCAGGCCCAGCAGUUUCGGGCCCUGGACCCCGGGCAGAAGGGCCGCGUCGCCUGGACGGACUUCCUCUCCCACGAGUCCCUGGUGCUGCUGCAGAGAACACGCACGCAGAAGGGUCUGCUGCACCUGCUGACGGGCAAGGAGAGGGAGCGGGCGCGGGAAGCCUUCCUGGCCCUCAACCAGCACGGGGAUGGGCUCAUCAGCCGGGACCAGAGCCGGCGCGCCCAGCAUGCUUGGUUCCGAAAACGGCCUCCGGGUUCCAGCGCCAGCGCCAGCCAGGUGGACCCCGUCUCUGAAGGCAACAGCCAAAGGCAGGAGGACAAAGAGCUGCCCAGAGAAGAGCCAGGGGAACCAAGCAGGUCCGUCACCUGGCCGGCCUUCCUGAGAGAAAGCACCGUCUACAUCCUUGCUGCCCGGCCCAACAGUGCCGCCAUCCAUCUCAAGCCAUUGAUGUGAG